AUGGCAGCGAGUCGAGAGGAGCGCUUGCAAAUGCGCCAGCGCGGCGCAGGUACACGCAAAGUUCAAGCACUUGACUUUGGAUUUUCUUUUGGAUCGCCAACUGAGAGUACUCAAGCGCCCUCAGUUGCGCAACAACUUGAAAGUGUUCCUGAGGAUACGAACGUGGUGGAGUCAACAACAACAACAACACUUCCGAGCGCAAUUGCGACGGUUACUGAACAUUCUACGAGGGAGACCCCGACAAGGGUAUUGCGCAAUAGUACGGCUGCAGGGUCCUCUCGAAGACUAGAUAGAGUCUCGGUUGGUAGAGUUUCAACUCCGAAUAACACGACAGAGCAAGAAGAAGGCCGGAGUAGCAAGCGGAGAAGGAUCAGUACUAGAAAUGACGAUUCUACCCUUCCUGCUACGUCACAGUCCGAGAUCGUAAACCUGUCACUGGCUAUUCAUGAGGAUACUACGCAAAACGACGAGCAACAAAACAGCGUUGAUAAUAGUGCAGAAGUCCCGGAAGUACCUACAGCAGAUGUAAGGGAUGAUCAGCCACCAGGAAAUACAAUUGUCGAAGACGCGCCCCCGCAGGAAAUCAUCACGACUAAUAGAAGAGGAAGGCCGAAGACUGCAGAAUCGCAAGAAAACAGAAAAGAAAAAUCAAGACAAAAGGACAAUCAGACGAGGAGACAUUCUAUCAGACAGGAAGCCGGCAGCUCGGAUCCUCCUGAAGAUACCAGCAACCAAGAGACGCAGCCGAGGCUGCCCAGAGCGAGAAGCAGACGAGGCGCGGAAAACCAGCCAGCGGCGGAGGCUGAGCCAGAAAUUGACCGCGAAGCAGUACAAGAAGAUGAAGCACCGGAGGCAAGCACUGCUAAAAGCGGACGAAAACGUAAAAACCAACCUGAAAAUGGCCAAGACAAAGGCAAAGAACCGACACAACAGGCUCCACGCGGUAGGAGGAAGCGGACUAGACCUCCGAUAGAAGACGAAGCAGAGGACCGUGAAGACACAGCCCCGCAGCCUAGGAAGGAAAGAAAAGGCAAGAACAGAGAGGUCGAAGCUGUUGCUGAGAUGCCUGGUGAGGAAACGCAAGAGCGUGCUGAAGAGAUUCAAAAGUCAAAAGAAAAUGGCGAAAGUUCCCGGCGCAGGGGUCGUCCAUCCCUUGACAAGGAACAGGAUUCUCAGCCAGAAGCAGAGACAACAACUACAACAAGACCUGAGCCAGACCAAGCACCAAAACGUCGGCGCGGAAGAGCAUCCGGUGUGACUAGUGAAGACAAGCCAACCAGACGACGCGAAGGAACCGUCGCAAUCACAGUCCACCGUCUCGCAAACGCUCACAUCCUAGACUCAACCGGCGCAGCCUCCGACCCGUCCGAUAAUGAGCAGGACUCAACCGACGAACUCGAAGCUGUAGGCAAAAACUUCCCCAGCCGAAACGGCGUCAACGCCGCCGACGUGCUAUCUCAAAUCUGCAAAGAGAUACUAGACAAACACUUAACAACACUAGACAACAACAUCGCCAACGACGCAGGCAACCAGAGUAAACGAUCGGAAUAUGCUCGACAGCGCAAAACCAUCGAAGCAUACGGAACACAAUUGGAGGGUCGACUGUUCGAGCUUAGCGAAUUACUUGAUAGCAAUUUCUCGCUGGGAGUGCAGCUGAAAAAGGCGAAGCGUGAAGCUGCCGAGAUGCGGAAUCGAUUACUCGAGAUACGACAGCAGAGACAUGAGAUUACGCUGCGAAUGGAUGCUGUGCGACGGAGACAUAUUGCGGAGGAGAAUGCGAAGAUGGCACGCAACGCUAUUAACAAUACACUACACAACCUCGAUCUGACGCUAGACCGGAAUCGUGUCCGAGCAGAUGACGACAGGCAGAAUGAAAGCAGCGGUAUAGCAGGCCUUGAAUUCUUGCUGCGCAGCGUCUCGGAGAAUGUGAGUUCGGCUGCUGAGGGAUCGUAUGGUGGAUUAUUGCAGCAGGCCAAGGCAUUCAAUGCGCAGUUGGAGAUGACUGUGAGGAAGCUGGAGGGUAGUACUACUGUCUAG